AACAUUCCUGAGCCUUCUUCAGACAAGGGCCUAGGCCGUAGACUCCUGGACCGCCAAUUCCUGACUCAAGAUGGUCUCCGAUCUGAGGGAAAGGGAGAGUUAGUGGUCCGGGUUGGGGAGAAGCGGCUGGGGGAGUGGUCAGCGGUACCGAACCUGUGGUCGUGUGGGAACCCAGGACUGGCCAGGGUCUCCGGAAAAGGAGAAGUAGAGGGCCGAGGAGGAUCUUGCGUGUCCCAGGAGGUUGGAACUGUGGGAUCUGGGAGUUGGGAUAGAGAUAAGCGUGAUUGUGGGUAGGGAGAGCAGUCAUCGUUGCUCCUGGGAAGGGACUUAGCACGGGAGUGUGCGGUCUAGUGUUAGCAACAGCCCACGAGUGCCUCUCUAAGCUUCCUAGCAGCCGUGUGAGGUCAGGGUUAUCCCAUUUUACAGCGAGGAAAACGGAGGCUCCCGGAAGUUCAGUAACUCCCUAAAGUCGGACAGCCAGCAAGCGGCAGAGUGAGCGGGGAACCCGGACACUGACUCUGGAGCUGGAUCACGGAGUUUGAGGGUUACACUAAGGACAUGGUGACAGACUUUGAUGAGAAACAUGAUGAGUAUUUAAUAUUGCUUCAGCAGAGAAACCGGGUGCUGAAGCAUUUGAAAGCCAAGGACCCCAUGCAGCUGCACCUGGAGCACUUGGAACAAGGGUUCUCUGUCUACGUCAACGGGGCCAAUUCGGAACAGAAGCCAUCGCCUCGGAAGGCCGUGCGCUCCGACUUCUCCAGGAGUGCCUCGCACACCGAGGGGACCCACGAUUGCGCACGAAGAACCCUGCUUCGAGAAGCCGAAGACGCCUUGCGACGCGGUUCACAGACGGCCCCCAGCAGAGUGCAGCGCCGAGGAUGGCACCAGAGAUCGGUGCAGAUCCGAACAGAAGCCGGCUCGAGGCUCCACAUCGAACCCCCCGUGGACUACUCGGAAGAUUUUGAGUCGACUGAGGAUGCUGAUGCCAAGACCAUGGAUGUUUCUGGGGAUCGUCCACAGGAGCCAAGAAGCCCGGAACUCAGUGCAAACGCACAGAGGAGACAGGGGGAUUGUCCCAGCGAUGACUACGACUCUAUCGAAGAAGAUGUCGCCUCUGAGCCCGAGCCCGAGCCCGAGGGCUGUCCUGGAGGUGACUGCCCUCUGUCCACUGGGGACAAGGAUGCUCCUGAGGACCGGGAGGCAGGUGGACGUCCCCCGCAGGGCCUGGACACCCUCGUCGUGCUGGAAUUUAACCCCGCUUCCCAAAGUCACAAAAGGGAAAGGAAUUUGUCUGCCAAGCGGAAGGACAACGCUGAGGUCUUCGUUCCCAGCAAGCCUGAGCCCAGCCUGAACCCCCAGCCCCCCGCCACAGGCACAGACCAGGACAGGAUGUGCUCCAGACCUGCAAGCCGGCGGGAGAGACCGCUCUCUGCAACCCGCAAGCCUGUGUGUGAGGCUGAGGACAGGCAGGAAGACGCCUCGGCUGUGCUGCGAGCCAUCCAGGUGGAGAACGCGGCCCUGGGGAGGGCACUCCUUGGCAGGAAGACAGAGCAGCCCACCAGCCCACUGCAGGAUGCUGAGGGACCACCAGCAAAACCCUGGGCCCAUCUGCUGACGGAGGAGGAGGAGGAGGAGGAGGAGGAGAGCCUUGAGCCACUUCCCGGCGCACCCAUGACCGCCGCUCCGGAGCCGUCCAGGGCAGCAGAGGGAGCCAAAGGCAUCGGGCAAGCUGCUGACAGAGUCUGCCUUCUGGGAAGCAGACAGCAGCAGAAGCUUCUGGAAGUCCUGCAUGCCAUGGAAAGCCACCCUGCCCAUCUCGGCGAGGUUGUUUCACCACCCCAGGAGCGCGCACCGGACCCUGAGGACGUGCGCAGAGGGAGAGUGGCGGAAGUCAGAGAUGCUGUGUACGUGACCAUGGAGAUCCUGUCCAACUGGGGCAGCCCACGGUGGGUGGGCCUCACGGAGGUCGAGUUCUUUGACCUGAACAACAGCAAGCUGUACGUGUCGCCUCACGACGUGGACAUCCGGCACGCCGACUCGCCGGGCGAGCUGGGCCGCCUGGUCAACAGGAACCUAGCUAGCGCAAAGGACGCCUCCCCGUGGGUGUGUCCCUUCCACCCACCGCUGCAGCUCUUUUUCGUCAUCCGCAACACCAGACAGCUGAGCGACUUCGGGCUGGCGGAGAUCAAGGUGUGGAAUUACUGGACGGCGGACGACGAUCUGGACAUCGGUGCCAAGGACGUGAGGCUUUAUGUCAACGAGAGCCUCAUCUUUGCCGGCGAAUUGGACAGAGGCGGCGGCGAGGCCCCGGCCGACCCUCGAAGCGUCCUGGUGGAGCUGAAGAGCGAGAGGGCGGAGGACACGGCGGGCCCCAGGGUGGCCGGCACGGCAGGGGCCGGGGACCUCAGUGGCACCUGCUCACAGCCAGCCGAAGCAGCCAUGGUGGGCGCCACCGCCUCUUCACAGGGACAUUUAUUUAGCCAAAGGACGGAUUCUGCUGAUGGCUGGAAAGACGUUUUGCCCACCGCAGGAGAGGAUUCAGAGUCAUUGGCAGCCCCCGUGGGCACGAGCGAUGCCCCCGGGGCCCCCUCGCCCUCCCCGCCAGGGAAAUGCCCUCCCCUGGAUGCGGAGCCCUCCGGGAUCCAGCAACUGGAGAACCUCACGGGCCGGAAAACGCCUGCGCCGCCGGGGAAAACACCACCCUGGCUGCAGCCUUCUCCCAGCGGGCAGGGCAGAAGGCAAGGAGGCAGGAAGCCGAAACCCCUGUGGCUCAGCCCAGACAAGCCGCUCCCAGCACACAGCGAGGGCCCUGGAGAGACGGAGGCCGAGGAGAGAGGCCUCCAGCCGGAGCCAGGGCGGGUGACCAGCUGGAGCGUCCUCGCCGGGGAGAGGCCCUCGCGGGGGCCCCCCAAAGGCUGCGGGGAUGAUCUCGACAUCUUCGCCCAGCCCCCCACCAGGGAGCGCCCUGCCAGUGGGAGGAGGAGCGCGAGGAAGGAGGCCCUGGGCAGUGGUCAUGGGGACGAGCAGCCGGACAGCAGAGGGAGCUUAGGAGAUGAAGCAGUCGGAGGUCCCCGCUCCCCCGGGUUCCGCGGCCAGGCCUUCACCCCUCCUGCGACCUGUCUUCCAGGAGACACCUGGUCCACCAGGACCCCGCCGCGCUCCAGGUGGUGCAGUGAGCAGGAGCUCACGCUGCACGAGUCCUGGGACUCCCUGAGCGCCUUUGACCACUCCCACCGGGGCCGCAUCUCCCACCUGGAGUUCCAGGGCGACAUCCUGGACGAGUUCCUGCAGCAACAGAAAGGCAGCCGGCAGGGGGCGGGCCAGGACGGAGCGUCCCCCGGGCUGGACGUGCGGGACACAGAGAGCGAUGCCCGUGCUGCCGACGACGACGGCGACAGCGACUUCCAGAUCCCUGUCCUGCCUUACGGGCAGCACCUGGUCAUCAACAUCCAGUCCACCUGGGGGGACAGACACUACGUGGGCCUGAACGGGAUAGAGAUCUUCAGCGCCCAGGGGCAGCCCGUGCAGAUCGCGAGCAUCAGGGCGGAUCCGCCCGACAUCAACGUGUUGCCAGCCUAUGGGAAAGACCCUCGAGUGGUGGGCAACCUCAUCGAUGGGGUGAACAGGACCCAGGACGACAUGCACGUCUGGCUGGCCCCGUUCACGCCGGGCAAGCCCCACUACAUCUGCAUCGACUUCACGCACCCCUGCCAGGUCGCCCUCAUCAGGAUCUGGAACUACAACAAGUCCCGGAUCCACUCCUUCCGCGGCGUGAAGGACGUCACCAUGCUGCUGGACGCACAGUGCGUCUUCCAAGGCGAGAUCGCCAAGGCCUCGGGAACCCUCAUGGGAGCCCCGGAGCACUUCGGAGACACAAUCUUAUUCACCACGGAUGACGACAUCCUCGAGGCCAUAUUCUGCUCGGAUGCGACAUUCGACCUGGACGUGGAGAGCCUGUGCCACCUGCAGCCGGACGAGGCCCUGCAGAGGCCCAGCACGGCCGACAGCGAGGGGGACGAGCGGCCCUUCACCCAGGCUGGCUUGUGGGCGGAUGGCUGGGGCCCAGGACCAGAGCUGCCCCCCAGCGCCCCUGUCCCUGAAGUCACCACACCAGAGCCGGGCAUCUACCACGGGACCUGCCUGCAGCUGAACUUUACGGCCUCGUGGGGGGACCUGCACUACCUGGGCCUCACCGGCCUAGAAGUGGUGAGCCAGGACGGCCAGGCCCUGCCCAUCAGCCUGUCCCAGAUCUCUGCCUCCCCCAGAGACUUGAACGACCUCCCGGAGUACACGGACGACUCCCGCACCCUGGACAAAUUGAUCGACGGCACCAACAUCACCACGGAGGAUGAGCACAUGUGGCUGACCCCCUUCUCGCCGGGGCGGGACCACCUGGUCACGAUCCACUUCGACAGAGCCCAAAGCAUCGCCGGCCUGCGCUUCUGGAACUACAAUAAAUCUCCCGAGGACACGUACCGCGGGGCCAAGGUCGUCCACGUGUCCUUGGAUGGCUCGCGCAUCUCCCCUCCGGACGGCUUCCUCAUCCGCAAGGGCCCAGGCCACUGCCACUUCGACUUUGCCCAGGAAAUGCUGUUUGUGGACUACCUGCAGGCUGGGCCACGGCCAACCCAGCCCGCCAGGAGGCCUGACACGCAGAGCCUGGAGCGGCCGAGCAUGGACUACGAGGCCCCGCUGAUGCCGUGCGGCUUCAUUUUCCAGUUCCAGCUGCUCACCAGCUGGGGCGACCCCUAUUACAUUGGCCUCACGGGCCUGGAGCUGUAUGACGAGCGGGGAGAGAAAAUCCCCCUAUCCGAGAACAACAUCGCCGCCUUCCCGGACAGCGUGAAUUCGCUGGAGGGCGUGUGCGGGGACGCCCGCACCCCCGACAAGCUCAUCGACCAAGUCAAUGACACCAGCGACGGCAGGCACAUGUGGCUGGCUCCCAUCCUGCCUGGCCUGGUGAAUCGGGUGUACGUGAUUUUCGAUCUGCCUACCACCGUGUCCAUGAUCAAGCUGUGGAAUUACGCGAAAACACCGCAUCGCGGGGUGAGGGAGUUUGGCCUCCUGGUCGACGACCUGCUCGUGUACAAUGGGAUCCUGGCCAUGGUGAGCCACCUGGUGGGUGGCAUCCUGCCCACGUGUGAGCCCACAGUGCCCUACCACACCAUCCUCUUCACGGACGACGCGGGCACCUGGCACCAGGAGAGACGCACCAGCGUCAGCACCCAGGUAGAGGACCAGGAUGUGCAGCUGACGAACGAGAACCAAAUCGUGACGAACGCCAAGAGGAAGCCGGGUGCCGUCGACCCAGCCUUACGCCCCAAAACCUGCCUAAGCACGAAGGAGCCGGCGAGACGGUGGCGGUGCUGACCCACGGUGCAGAGGGAGAGCCGGCUGCCAGCUCGCGGGCGCUGCGGCCGGGACACGGGGGCCUGCCGUUCCGGGCUGCCGGGGCGAUCCCCGCCCGCCUCCCACAGCCGCGCCGGGCUGACGGGUGGGGGCACGGCGGGCAGACCAGGGACACUGUGUCUUCCCUAGGGUAGCCAGCGCACAGCCCUGCCUCCUCCGGGGGCUCAGGGGCCAGUCUCUCACCUGGGUGCCCAGUGUCCGUCACGGUGGCCACGCCCCACUCCCUAGGGGAGCUCAUGCUGCGUGGGCCCCUUAGGGUGGGUGUCCUGCUGGGGUCCCCACGGUGCUGUAGCCAGGCCGCCAGGGGAACGGCAGAGCCCACCCAGAUGCUGUGUGGACGCAGAGGCGCUGAGCGGGGCGGGACACUGCACCCCACCUGGGGCCCCGCACACCGCAGCCCACCUUGUACUUGAACUCAGCCUGGAGGAGCCGGUCCCCACUGCACUCCCCGGCCGCCCCUUCCGGAUCUGUUCCACGGCCCUCCCUGGUCGCUCCUCCCUGCCUGUCAGUGCCCUGCGCCCCUGAGGCUCUGCCGUGGGGUCCCCGGCUCUCCGGGCCCUCCCUGCCCCCCGCACUCCCCCCCGCCCCGCCAGCAAAUCCCAGCGCCCUGGAAGUGAGCCCAGCGCCGCCGCCGAGCGACGCCCCGCGCGCAUCUGUUUCCAUCUCUGUAACAAGCUCGGAUCGGGGGCCUAAUUGGUUUCCCAGGGGUGGGUAAUUUCUCGUUCCAAAUAUUAAUCCAUUGUGUGGCUGGCACGCAGCCCGGCCCGGGUGCCAGUGCGAUCCUAUGCGGCCGAGCGCCCCGCGGAUACGGGCGGGGGUGUGGCUAUGCGGAUGGGCUGCUGUGCGGGUGCGAUCCAUCACUCCUCGGGCUUACGUGGCUCCCAGGAGAGAUCCAACCAGCUCCCAGGCCCCCAGUCGGGGCCGUGGCUCUUAGAGGGAGCCUCAGGCGCGGGGACGCGGGGGACCCUGGACCAGCUGCACAUGUGGGGGAGACAGCCGGGGCGCCGCGCGCGGCCCUUGGCUCCCACGCUCCCGCCGAUGUUGCUAAUGACUGGAUGGAUGCACAGCUUUAGGAAGCGGGGAAGAGAAGCUAUACAGGCGUUAACGCUAACAUAAAUUUCUAUUUUUUUCUUCUUGCAAAAUCAAUAAAAGAUGUUAUUAAGGCUGCA